AUGGCUCGAUCACUCUUUGCUCUCGCCCUGAUGGGUAGCCAAGCCCUGGUCAACGCCGCGGCUCAAGUCGAAAACCGUACGCUCGACGAAAUCCACAAGGCCGCCCUCGCGGAGGGUGGUGUUGUCACACUCUGGCACGGCGGCGAUGAGCUCACCGAUCAGGACUUCCUGAAGAGCACCUUCGAGAAACGAUUCCCCGGAAUGACCUUGAAUGUCACCGUCGACCUUUCCAAGUACCACGACACACGUGUGAACGAGCAGAUUGCCGCCAACAAUGUCUACGUCGACAGUAUCAUUAUACAGACCCUUCAUAACUUCCCCCGCUGGGCCUCCGAAGCCGCCCUGUUGGAAUACGCCCCGCUCGGCUUCGAUAAGAUUCACCCCGAAUUCAAGAGCAACGAUACCGCCACUUAUUACGGUUUACUUAUCCUCAAUUGGGCCGGUGUAUGGAAUGCACAAAAGCUGCCUGGUAUCGAAGCCCCUGUCGAGUGGGAGGACUGGCCUCGUCCGGAAUUCAAGGACAAGCUCGUCCUGACAUAUCCAAACGACGACGACGCUGUCCUCUUCGCCUUUACUCUCAUUGAACAACAGUAUGGCAGUGCUUGGUUGGACAAGCUCAUCGCCCAGAACCCACGAUGGGUACGCGGGACCGGAACACCACUCACACUCUUGGGAGGGAAUGGCACGCAGUUGGCAGCCACCUUCACCUCUGUCCCAUUCGGACCCGUGAAUGUAUCCUUCCCCGUUGAGGGCCAGUUCGUCUCCUGGCCCCAGACCGGAGCCAUCCUCAAGGGGGCGCCCCACCCCGAGGGCGCUAAGCUCUUGCACAGCUACAUGCUUAGCAAUGAAUACGAGACCAUCCGCGGAAGCUGGGGCGUCCGCAGCGACUCCCCCCAGCCUGCCGGGUAUCCCCAGAUUCUGGAUAUGCCUGGCACCGACCCCACAGCCUUUGGCAAGUGGAUGAUGGACCGCGCUGAGGUUGAGAGACAGAGGGUCUACUACGAGAUGUGUCUCGGUGUUCCUGUAGGCCUGAGUCCUCUUGUCGAUGGUAUCUAG